UGCCGACAAUGUCACAGCCGCAACCCUCUUCUGUGCCCUCGUCUUCGGCGGAGCCGCCGCACCAUUCGUCGAAGCGACACAGAGCGACAGAAAUGUACAGGAGAGGGCUUAUCCUCGAAAACAGAGGCCGCCUGACGGAUGCCAUCGGAUGUGAGGACACACAAAGCCACACAGCAACACAACACAUUGCGAAGCACGUCCUCAUUCGGUGCGUGCGUGUGUGUGUGUGUGUGUGCGUCUUGUGUGCAGGUUAUCGUUCAGCGCUCAAGAUAGACCCCGACUUGGACGAGCGGACCAUCGUUGUCGACGACGACGAGGCCCUCCAGACGGAGAGGGAGGAUGACCCCUUCCUCGACAGCAUAGACGUGAGGGCCGACAGGGAGCCCCCCGCGCCGGCCGACGGGUCAUGGUCGCUGAUUCUGUCGCUGCCGAUAGAAAUGGUGGGCAGACUGCCCCUCUUUAUGGGACCAUAUGACCUAGACAGGUAACUGCAUACGUGCGUUCGUCAGCUGCCGAAACACACUCACAAAACAUGCCGAACACACACCACUCUCUGCUGUGUGUGCGCGUGUGUGUGUUUGUGUGUGUGUGUGUGUGUGUGCAGGUUGUCGGGUAGCUGUCACACGAUGAGGGCUGUCUGCCGGCAAAGCCGCGUAUGGCAGCGCCUGUUCUUCAAGACGCUCCCCAAGUACUUCCCGCACCUCUCACUCAGCAUGGCCACGCCGCCCGGCCCCUCCAGCAAGAGCCCCACACCCGCCGCAGACAAGAUGAGCCGCCGCGCCACGGCUGACGAAGACGCCGACGGCGAGGCCGAGAAUGAACUACAGGCAAGUAACGGACAGACACACAGAUGGAUUUGUCCUUGUGCUGACCUGACGCAUCCGUGGGUGCAGCCUCUGUUUGAGUCGGUGCUGCACGCGGCCCCGCCGCCGCGGUACCUGCGGGGCAUGAUGCGCAACGACCGUGACAAUGACGACUACCACCACUGGCUGUCGGUGCCAGCCAGGUACCAGCAGAGCAUGCCGUCGGUCUACAACAGCAUCAUUCAGGACCUCAGAAGACACGGAUAUGACUGGAGAAGGUAUCAAGACGGAGGGAGGGAGUCAAGAGGCCAGAGAGAGCUCUGAUGGUUCGCUGCGCUGUCCGUCGUGUGUGUGUGUGUGUGCAGGUUGUAUUUGGAGAGCCGCCGGCCCCGCUGCGAUGGCGUGUACAUAGCCAAGUGCAUCUACUUCAGACGUAAGAACAAGGAAGCCAUCAGCACGCCCGCGCCGCGCACACCAACACGAACGAUUCGACAGACAAACAGACUGGUCAUGUCAUUGCCCUUUUUGUUUAUGUGUCAGGUGUGCGUGACAUGGGCAAUGUUCAUCUGCCAGACCCCUCCAAGGGCCACCACCGCAACCCGGUCCUGGCCGUCACCUACUUCAGAUACCUCAGGUUCAUCUGGGGCACCAGGAAGGUGCUGGUGCUCAGGUCAGAGGUCGACCAGAAUGCCGCCGUCCGCGCACUCAAGCAAUUCGAUUUCCGCCACCCACAACACACCGGCGAGGGGACAGCCGCCACCAACACCAGCAGUAGUAGCAGCAGCAGCAGCAGCUCAUCCUCAUCGUCGAGCACUGCCAGCGGUGCGUCGUCGUCGAGCAGUGCUGCCGGAGGGGGUGUGGUGGGCCUGAAGGACAGGGGCGUGGACAGGGGCGCUAGAAGCCUUGACGUGGGAGGGGAGGAGGGGGCCACCAACGUGCCGCGGAUCAUUCAGGAGAUCCAUGUAUGUGUGUGAGGCGGGAGGGACGGGAGAACAACGUGGACGGACACCUGUACAAUGCCUCCCGUGAUGCUAACCUUCGCGUGUGUGUGCAGGUAGGAGUGUAUGAGCUGAAUGGGUCGGCGCUGAGCAUCCGCUAUGUCGACCCGAAGCACAACCCCAAAUACUCAAACCAGGUGCGCUGACCGAGCGACCGACCGACGCCAGCACUGCAGGGGAGGACCAUGCAUGCCGAUGUUAUUGGUCCGUCAGAUGCGUUUGGAGAUCACCAACGCCCCCCGCGGCCGAUGGAACUCGCGGCUCAAGUGGACAGGUGUGCAUGACACACCCUCACACAUACACACCGCCCUCUCGCAUCAUGUAUGUAUGUGCGUGUUGGCUGCCCGCAGGGUUCACAGUGUCCGUGUUGGGAACCGAUCGCGAGCCCACGGAGCUGCCUGUGGGUGACGACCACACCCGCCCCUUCCUCUUCAACCGCAUCAGGGCCUACGAAGACCUCUUCUGACUAACACAACACACAACACCACACACCCACAGAGAAAGAUGUGCCUCGUAGUUGAGUUGAAAUGUACCAUAGCCUUGCAACUGCUGCCUUACGGCCUGCCUGCCUGUCUGGCCCCGUGUGUGCCUGUCAGAGUCUCUUCUGCACCGACUGCAGGAGGAGACAGCGCACACAAGCGGGCUUGGCGAUCGCUUGACACUUAGCCUACAUAGCCUACAUGAGUGCGUGAGCGUCUUUUUCUCCUCCCAUUGCUGCUGCUGGAUGGCUGGAUAACACAACUGACACGGGAGAGUGAGUGAGAGAGGCUGGGUGGACGGGACGGGAGGGGACGGGAGGGGCGUCUCUGCUCUGCUGAUGCAGAUGCACACGCCGAGGUGGGGCUCUGGCGGGUUGCUCACACACAGACACACACACACACACGCACGCACACACAUACACGCACACAGAGGUGGCUAGAUGGCUGGCUGCACAUCUCAUUUUGGCAUGGUUCAUCGACUGCGCUGCGUACUUUUUUGUGCGUGGGCUGUAUGUCUUUCUGUACAAACACACACAGCACGAGCCAACUUUUUGAGGUGGAUUGGAUCAUGUUGGCAGUGGUGGCGAGAGACACACGGACCUAUAUAUAUGUUAUAUAUGCACCGCACCCAUCUUGUGCAGC